CUAUCGGUACAUUAUACUGUAAAGUGUAAACAAUAUACACUCAACUAAUACGGAUUACGGAAUAAGAAUCUUUCUUAAUCCUUAAGUGCAAAGUUUCUAAAUUACAUUGUAAAAUAUAAUAAUUAGUUGUGUUGCUGUUAAAGAAAUCAAUUUACAUGGCUGACGACUUGGACCUGUCCCUAAUUAAUAACUUUGAAGAGGAACUGGGUUCGGUAUUAAGGCAUUGCCGUAGCGCAUCUCGAAAACUGAAACAGUUAACGAGUAGCAAGGUUGAACUGAGUCUAAAGAAUCAACUAGAAGUGAAUUAUAAUGAAAAUAAUAUUGAUUUAAGCAUAAAAAAUAUUUUGGACGACGUCCAAAAUAUACGCAAAAAAAUUGAUACCAUUGAAUCUACAGUUGACUCUUCAGAUAAAACUUUAUUCAAUUUGAGUGAAACUGUAGAAGAGUUUGAAAGCAUUGUAAACACAGUGUUGAAAAAUAAAAACACUAUAUUUUCUCAUCGACAUUUUUUGUAAUCUACUUUUUAAACAAUUCAAGUCUCAAGUUAUAACGUAUUAAUAAAAAAAAAUUAACCUAAACAAUUUAUAUAUAUAUUUAUUAGUUAAGUUUUAAAUUAAUUAAAAAUGUCAUUCAAGCGUGAAUGUAAUGGCUCCGAUAGUGAUCUGCUCAAAACUCUCGGGUCUCAAAGGAUUAAAGAGCUGUUAGGAAUUCAAAUACCUGAAGGCGAAGCAAAAUUAUUAUCCAAUGGCAGAUUGACUUGUAUGAUUUGUAUUAAUAGACCAAUUUUUGAUACAAUCAACGUACUAUCAAUUCAUAGAAAGGGGAAAAAACAUUUGUUAGAACUCGGUAAAUAUCUGCAAAGAAAAGAAGAACUAGAUUUGAUAAAAACAAAAAGGCAACAAAAAGAGUACACUAAAUCAUUAGGUGUUACGGUAGAACAUGCAGGCCGUGGCGAAAGAAAGAAGAUGCUAGAUUUACCGGAAAGAGAUAUAUUGGAUAAGUCUGCUUCUUCUGUAGAAUCUGCAAUUGUUUCACGCUAUGUAGCCUCAAUGACAAAAAAGCCGUCCCUUAAAAGUGUUCUUAAUCGUGCAAAAAAGCAUCCUUACCAAUGCCUAACUUCAGUGUCUAUUGCUUCUACGAGCAGUUCUGGACUAGAGUCUAACUUCAUUGGCCCUAAAAAUAAACCAACUGAAAUUGGUUGGAUAAAAAAUAAUGAUGGAUCGUGGUCCAAAGAUCCAAGUGCAGAAUUUGAUUCCGACGAUGAUUGAUUUUCAAUCAAGAUACACUAUAGAAAAUUUCAUACCAAAACAAACAACAUCAAUUGCCGAAAAAUCGUCCAACUCGAAGUUGCCACUCAUGAUAAUUGGCUGUAUUCUGGACGUGAAACCUAGCAGAGAGUUUUCUAGACCGGAUAUCCUUUGUGAGAGUAGUAAACAAUUUAAUAAUAUGACUUGUAUAAUUUAAUUUGUAUUGCUAUUUUAAUAAUAAAGCUCGUAAUAAUAAUAAUA